AUGCCGCGGUCCAUUGCAGAGAUCCGGCCGCAGGGCACCGAUGAGAAGUCAGUGUCGGUGCUGGACGAGAGCAAAGAAAGUACAGGCCCAUCAGUCACCGAGGUCCUUCAAGAAAUGCCGAAAAGCACAUGGAGAUCAUACAUCUGGGAUACCUUCGAUAAGUCUCCAGAAGAGCGUCGGUUUCUCUUUAAGCUCGAUGCCGUGCUGAUGACGCUGGCCUCCCUUGGAUACUUCAUCAAGUAUCUUGACCAGGUCAACAUCAACAACGCAUUCGUUUCGGGCAUGAAAGAAGACCUGAGACUAUACGGCAACGAACUUAACUACAUGCAGGUUUGCUGGACAGUUGGCUAUGUUGUUGGUGAAAUUCCCAGCAACCUGCUCCUGACGCGCAUCCGCCCCGGGAUUUGGAUUCCCGUCUGUGAAGUGACAUGGUCCGUCCUCACUAUCCUUCUCGCCAAGUGUUCCACGGCCACCCAAAUCUAUGUUUUGCGAUUCUUCAUCGGGCUGGCGGAAAGUACUUUCUAUCCUGGCAUGCAGUACAUCAUUGGAUCAUGGUACCGCAAGGACGAGCUCGCGAAACGUUCUUGUCUCUUCCAUGCUAUGGGAAACGUUGGCUCCAUGGUGUCUGGCUACAUGAUGGCAGGCACGCACAGCCUGGACGGCAUACACGGCUAUCAUGGAUGGCAAUGGCUGUUCAUCGUCAACACUGUCGUGUCACUGCCGAUCGCCAUCUCUGGGUUUUUCUUUUUGCCGGAUUUACCUGAGAUCACGAAGGCCUGGUAUUUCACGCCCGAGGAAAUCGCCCUGGCAAAAAAGCGUAUGGAGUUGGAAGGUCGCGCGAAACGCGCACCUUACACCAAAUCCAACUGGCAUAUUUGGACAUUGGUCAUACUCUACAUCGUAUUCAACAACGGAAACGGCGGGAAUUCGCAGCCCGCCUUCCCUCUUUGGCUCAAGUCUGAGGGCUACAGUGUGCGUCAGGUCAACAUCUAUCCAACCAUUACCGAGGUGGUCAGUAUCAUCACGACUCUCAUCUACGCAUGGACGUCCGAUAGUCUCUUCAAAGGCGCACGAUGGCCGGCCAUAGUUUUCUCUGGGCUCGUGAAGAUCAUCGCUUACGUCCCCCUGACGGUUUGGGACAUCCCGAACAGCCUCAAGUGGGCGUGCUUCAUUCUUUGUGGUUUCGGCGGCGGCAUCAGCGGUCUCACCUUUGCCUGGGCCCACGAGAUCUGCAGCGACGAUAAUGAGGAAAGAGCACUGGUCACGGGUGCCAUGAACCAGAUGGCGUAUGUCUUCCAGGCCUGGUUACCUCUCGUGAUCUGGCAACAGGUUGAAGCCCCGGCAUACCCCAAGGGGUACCCGAGUAUGGUUGCGCUCGCUGUUGGUCUUAUCGCUAUUGCAUUUAUCAUCAGGUUUCUGCACAAGAGAGAAACUAGAUUGAAGGCAGCGACAGGGCGUAGUGUCGCUUGA